AUGAACAUUAAUGACUUAUGUAACCCUGUUACCAAAAACAAAACAAGUGGUUAUAUGCUUGACAAUUCGUUCUUUGAGCAACAACCCACUCAAAUGGAUAUCAAUAUCACUUAUCCAGCUUACGACAUGAUGGAUAUUAACAAUAAAGCCUCUGUCAAUGAUUCAAUUGACUUUGAUGGUUUCUUGGCUGCUGCCACUAACAAUGUUGAGGCCGAUGAAGAGGACACUUUUCAUAUGGAAGCCAAAUCCAGCAAUGUUGAGAUGGAGUACACCUCUUCUGAACCAGAGCAGGCCAACAUUGAGUACGACCAGUUUGUACCAAUAUACACUCCCAACAGCCGUGCUGAGGCUGCUAGUCUGGAGUUGUUCUCCUUGUUUAUUGCGAACAGUGUUUCUCCUAAAACAGAUUCACUUCUGUCAUAUUACAAGUUGGAUACCUUGUUAAAGCAAGAAUACACUGUAAAGGCCCAAGUGUAUGACAUGUGUGCCAGUGAGUGCUUUUGUUUCCCCAAUGUCAGGCCUGGAAACUCAAUCAUUGAGAAUGAGACAUACCAGGUAGUGCUUCUUUUGGAGCAAUUAUGCUUCAAGUUAGCUCACCCUGAAGAACAGGCAAAGAUCGCCUAUGGCGCAGAGGUUUUGGCUGCUGAGAUUGUUGGCCAGGGUGACAUGGUGGUGUCUAUGUUUGUUGACCAGUUCAACCCCUUCAAGGACACCACCAUGUCAGCUAGCAUCAUUCAUGUUAUUAACAUGAAUAUCAACCCUGCCAAAAGGUACAAGAAGGGUAACAUGAUGCAACUGGCCAUCAUCCCAGGGCUUAAGCACCCAAAGAACAUUGCUUCGUUUUUGGAGCCCAUUCUUGCUGACCUGUGA